AUGGCUCCCAAAAACUCCCCAGCACCAAACGCUCCUUAUUUUACGCCAGUUCAAUCACCACCAGUUGGCACAGCUAUCUCGUCCAACCCGCCAAUACUCUUUACACCCCUCAAGAUCCGUGAUGUUACGUUUCAAAACCGCAUUUGGGUGGCACCAAUGUGCAUGUACUCCGCCUCCAAUGGUCACCUCACCGACUUCCACCUCAUUCAUCUUUCCGCCUUCGCCUACCGCGGUUCCUCCCUUACCAUAAUCGAAGCUACCUCUGUUAGCCCCAAUGGCCGAAUCACGCCAGAAGACAGCGGUCUCUGGCAAGACUCGCAGAUCGCGCCCAUCCGCCGCGUUGCCGACUUUGUCCACUCGCAGGGCCAGAAGCUUGGGAUCCAGCUCGCACAUGCGGGUCGGAAGGCAAGUACAGUUGCACCUUGGCUGGCCGACAGAGGGAAGUCGGUCGUUGCCACUAAAGAUGUGAAUGGGUGGCCCGAUGAUGUUGUGGCCCCGAGUGCGAUUGUAUGGGGAGAUGGAUAUGUUCCGCCAAAAGAGAUGACUGAGAACGAUAUAAAGGAUAUCGUGGAUGGCUUCCGGGAUAGUGCGAAGAGAGCGGUGCAAGCUGGGGUGGACGUUAUUGAGAUUCAUGCCGCCCAUGGAUAUCUUUUGUGCUCGUUCCUGAGUCCCAUUAGCAAUCGGAGGACGGACAAAUAUGGCGGCAGUUUCGAGAAUAGAAUUCGUAUGCUUUUGGAGGUCAUACAGGCUGUGAGAGAAGCCAUUCCAAUUGGUAUGCCGCUAUUGGUUAGAGUCAGUGCAACAGAGUGGAUGGAGAGCCAGGCCCCGGAGAGUUGGGACGUCGAGUCUACUAUCCGCCUGGCUAAGUUACUCCCAGGCCUAGGCGUUGAUUUACUCGAUGUUAGCUCGGGUGGAAACAAUCCUGCCCAGCAGAUCGAGAUGCACACCGACUUCCAGACCGGCAUUGCGGGACGGAUCAGAACUGAGUUGUUUAAAUCUGGUAUCAGAGAUCUGCUUAUUGGGGCAGUGGGCAUGAUCACGGAGGCCGAAGUUGCGAAAUCAAUCGUCGAGGCUGGGAAAGCCGUAGAGGUAGACCAGACUAUAGAGAUUAUCGAUGAGCAAGAUGCUGUUGCGAAGGCAGAUAUUGUCUUAGUCGCCAGGCAAUUUUUGAGGGAGCCCGAGUGGGUGCUAAGGGUUGCGCAUACCCUCGGGGUUGAUGUCCAAUGGCCGAAUCAAUAUGGUCGGGCAAAGUUAUAG